AUGUCCACUAAGGCUGAUUUAUUACGAUCUCUAUUCUCUUCUCAAAAAGUCCUGAGUGUUACUAAAGGAACUCCAAUCAAGGCAUACUUGCUGCCAAGCACAGAUGCUCACCAGAGUGAAUAUCUGGCUGAUCAUGACUUUCGCGUGAAGUUUCUUACUGGCUUCACUGGCUCGAAUGCCUAUGUAGCUGUGACCAACGAUAAAGCGGUACUGUGGACGGAUGGACGAUAUUUCAUUCAGGCCGCGGAGCAGCUGGUCCCACCUUUCACUCUAAUAAAACAAGGUCAAUCCGAUUCUAUAACCGUUGAGGAUUUUAUUGCGGGAAAUCUGAAUGAUGGCGAUUGGAUAGGAAUCGAUCCUUCACUUCACACUUACGAGAAUGGUGGAACACUCAUAAAAACUCUUAAAAGUAUGGGAAUCUCAGUAGCAUCAAUCAAAGGAAACUUGGUGGACGAGUUCUGGAAUGAUCGACCACCACUUCAACCUAAAGCGAUGGCGCCUCCUGAGUCGUGCAUUGAGUUGCCGAAGAACUCUUCAUAUGAUAGCUAUAGUGAUUAUGUUCAGGUUUUCGUCCCAAGGAACACUAACUACCUUUUCGGACAAAUUUUUGAACCUUCGGCAGUUGUAGAAGGUAGUCCUGUUCAAGUAAUGAAAGGAGUGAAGAAUCCCGUGGAAUUGGAAGGCAUGCGCAAUAGUCAUAUCAGGGAUAGCGCCGCAUUGGUGAGCUUCCUCAUGUGGUUAGAAACAGAACUACUCCAGGGACGAUCCCAUAGCGAAAUCGAGUUGGCCUCAAAAAUAGACUCGAUGCGAGCUGCUAUGGACAAAUACGUCGAUUUAAGUUUCUCUACCAUCUCUGCUGCUGGAGACCAUGCUGCAAAACCACACUACCAUCCUGAAGGGGAAGAAGGCAAACGAUUAGUGACCGCUGACGAGGUCUACCUAUUAGACUCCGGAGCACAUUACAGAGACGGUACAACUGAUGUUACUCGCACCGUUUGGAUCUCUUCCAAAUCGCCGAUACCUCAAGAAUUUGUUCGACAUAAUACGUUGGUACUGAAGGGACACAUCAAUCUGGCAAGAAUUCGGUUAGACACCCUGUCAAGGCAUGCAAUGUGGCAGGUCGGAUUAGAUUUUAAUCAUGGUACUGGUCAUGGAGUGGGCCAUUUCCUUAACGUUCACGAAGGCCCAGCAUCUAUCGGCUUUCGGACAGCAUCGUACGAAAGCGAUGCGUGGAUACGGGAAGGUAUGAUACUGACGAUAGAGCCUGGCUACUAUCUCAGAGGAAAAUGGGGUACACGAAUUGAAAACUGCUAUGAAGUGGUGAGGGCCGAAGUUCCAUCGGACGCAGCUUUUCUUGGUUUCCGAGCUUUAACGCUAGUCCCUAUCCAAACUAGUAUAAUUGAUAAAUCGAUGCUUACUGCAGAUGAGAUUAACUGGCUAAAUUCAUACCAUGAUCGAGUGCUCAGUGUAGUAGGAAAAUUUUUGGAAAACUCAGGAAAAACUGCCGAAUUGGAAUGGUUACAAAAACAAUGCGCCCAUAUAUGA